CACCGGUAAUUAUAUCGGGAAAGAAAGAUGGCGGCCUCCACCAGUGCUACAAAAUAUUUCUUCAAUUGACUAUUGUAACACGUAAAGAUCAAGAUCAAGAAAGAAGUUUACCAACGUACCUAUAACAUUGAAGGAAGGAGAAAAAGCCAGGGUAAAAAUGAUGGAAGAUGUGGAGGGUGCACCUGGUGCAGUCUGGGAGAAAUCUCCUUCACCUAUCGAGCUUACAUUAAAUGCCAGGACUGUAUGGGUGGGCACAUUCAGGGGGGCACCUGUAGAGCCUAUACUUAUCUCCAACACUGGACUUAACUUCUUUAUUGAAGGUGCUACUGGUACACACACAUUUCACAUUUACCCACAGGAAAUUCAGCAGUGCUUGACCAGGUUUGAAAGCGAGACAAACUUGAUAUUUUUUUUUACAACACAAAGUUGUGCUGUACGAACAAGGAAAGAUCUUGGAAUGGUUGUUUACCCUGACCCCAGUAAACCCCCUCCAGAACACUAUUAUGAUCCCUUAGGAACAGAUUCUCGGCAUCAGAUGAUUAUUAUAGUGAUGGACCAGUUACCUGUGGACUUCAAGAAGUAUAUGGAAUUAUUCAAGUCAUGGGGGAAACAGGGAGAUGAAGCAUUCUUAAUGGAGCUAAGCAAGGAGGAGGCAGAAGAGAUAUUCCGCCAGUCUACCAUUGUCCACAGGGUACAACAGGGUGUGGCGACCUCAGCCAAUGUUAUGGAUCACGGUUAUAGUCAGGCUGAGGAAGAUCGACAAAGUAACAGAUACACAAUGUGGGCACAAUGUAUAAUUUGUCAAGAACUGUUAAAGAAUGACGAUCAGGUGAUAUCGGCGAUUAGUUGUGGUCAUACAUUUCAUAAUCAUUGUUUGAACCAGUGGUUAGAAAAUGGUAGGACAUGCCCUAGCUGUCGUGUACAGGUUGAUAAGAAAAAGAUCAUUGAAAGAUUAUAUUUUGAUGUACCUGAAGAUAAUGAUGGUAUUGUAGAUGAUGGAAAGCUGCAAAAUGAGAUAGACAGACUUAAAUUAGAGGUUAGGAAAAGAGAAAAAGAAAAAAAUGAUAUAGUGAAGGAAAAGGGGAAACAAGAUGAAAGGAUUGAGGAGCUACAGAAUGCUAGAGAUAGAAUGUCUAAGCUGCUUAAAGAGGAACAGACUAAAGUCAGUGCUCAUCUGAAGACAUUGAAGUAUUAUGAGAGCCAACAGAAAGCCUUUGAUCUGGAACGACAGGAGUACCAUAAAAUCAAACAGUCAUUAGUGACACUAUCACUACAGAGCCUUAAAGUCCUGCUUGAUGGCGCUGAAUCUGACGCAGAUGACAUCAUUUCCAGUGCCGGUGAAGUUGGGAGUGCCGUCCAACAUUUGCCAAGGCAAGUGACAUUGAUGAAAAGUGAAUAUGAGAAGCUGAAAUUAGAAAAACAUCAAAUGAAGGAAAAUUACGAGAAAAUUCAACAGACUGAUAUGUUGAAAAAUAAGAAAAUUAAUGACCUAACAAAACAAUGUGCAAUAUUUCGGGAGCAAUUGGAGAGUAUGAAAAUGCAGACAUGUUGUGCAUUAACACCAAAAUUAGAACAUCCUGAGGGCAGCCAGAAUAUUAACUUGAACUUGACACCAGACUUGUUCACAUCACCUGUUAAAAAUACACAAUCUGAGCAUUCAGAGAAGCCCAGUACUUCCUGUGAUACUGCUUUAUCUAAAAGAUCACUUGGGAAAUCCCAGAAAAGAUCGUGUGAUAGUGAAGACACAGAGAACCAAGAACAAACAAAAUACCUCAAAUUUACGUCUGCAGCGGAGAAAAAUGCUUAAAAGUUGAAGCGUUUCAGAAGUGAGAGUGCUAUCAAAGGUUCUAAUUCUAUAGCAACAUUAGCUUCCAUGAAUAUAUUUAAGAAACGUGAACUUGGUGGGCACAGUAACAAUCAACGUAGCAUUGUACAGAAGGGUUUUGACAGCCUUGGAGGUCAUACCAUGCAUUUGUUAUUAAAUUCGUAUUGGAAACCCAUUUAAAAAGCCAAGUGUCAAGAAAAGCUCUAGUCAAAAUAAACUAUCAAAUUUCAGUAAAACACCAUCCUUACCAAAACUUGAUAACUUUGUGAUUAUAGAUGCUUAAAACUAAUUAUUGCAGCUCAGUUUCUAAUUUACUGACAUGUUGACUUGGGAAUAUAAUUAUACCCCCCCCCCCCCCCCCCCGCACAACAAAA